GAGCUCGGCUGGAAGUGACGCGACUGGGCCUGUGGCUGUUGUGGUCAUGGAGGACGACGCGGAGCCCUUGCCCGCGCGCCCGGCCCUAGAAACCGAGGGGCUACGCUUCCUGCAUGUCACGGUGGGCUCCCUGCUGGCCACCUAUGGCUGGUACAUCGUCUUCAGCUGUGUCCUUCUCUACGUGGUCUUCCAGAAGUUUUCCACUCGGCUGAGGGCCUUGAGGCAGAGGCAGCUGGACCGAGCUGCAGCUGCUGUGGAACCUGAUGUUGUUGUUAAACGACAAGAGGCUUUAGCAGCUGCUCGUUUGAAAAUGCAAGAAGAACUAAAUGCGCAAGUUGAAAAGCAUAAGGAAAAACUAAAACAGCUUGAAGAAGAAAAGAGGAGGCAGAAGAUCGAAAUGUGGGACAGCAUGCAAGAAGGAAAAAGCUACAAAGGAAAUACAAAGAAGCCUCAGGAAGAAGACAGUUCUGGUCCAUCUUCAGUCAUCCCAAAACGGAAAACUGACAGAAAGCCUUUGAGGGGAGGAGGUUAUAACCCUCUGUCUGGUGAAGGAGGAGGAGCCUGCUCCUGGAGACCUGGACGCAGAGGCCCCUCAUCUGGCGGAUGAAGCUAAGAAUCUUGUUAGUGUCACUUUUGAUGUUAACAAGAGGAAUACUUAACCCUCAAUUCAAUUGCCUUACGCACGCUUUUCACAGUUGACUAGCCAAGGGGAAGUGGGGUUUAUUUCUGUUCUCAACUACACAGCAUAUGUGAGGGCUUUGGUCACCAGAGGGUGUAGAUGUUGCCAUUAGGUGUAGGUCAUUGGUCACACUUCACUUGAAGACAGUGAUUGCAUCCAUUGAUUUCAUGGUUAAUUGCUAGUUGGGUAAGUAAAGGCCUCUAGAUGAUUAGCAAUAUUGAUAAAGAGGCCUAAUAGUGAUCUUUUAAAUUAGAAGUCAUUGCUGGUAGGACAGUCUCUGUGACAGGUUGCGUUGAAUGAUGUCUUCCUUAUAAAUGGUGAGCCCACCAGUGAGGAUUACUGAUGCAGACAGUUGAUGGGGUUUGUUUCUGUAUAUUUAUUUCUAUGUACAGAACUUUGUAUAAAGCCACUGUAAAUAUUAAAAAUUGCAAAUGACAUUUUUAGCUUCUUUAUUCAAGGAAAUUUCUUUGUGAACUUGAACUUGUCUAUCAAACAUUAAACAGCUUUUUAUUACAACCUCCAA